AUGAAAAUGUUUACACAAACCCAAAUUCAAAAUUUUAACUUAGAAAAAAUGGAUGGAAUAUAUUCUCAUGGAGCAUAUGCAUAUUUAAAGGGAUAUAAAACUAUAUUAAGAAAAUUUUCAUUUUUUGAUUUAGAAUUAAUAUUAUAUGCUUUAUCAGCUCAUAAUGUUUUAGAAAAUGCUGUUUUUUUAACAGUAGAUUCAGCAUAUGUUAUAAAUACAAAUGGUGGAAUACAACAUGAAGAUGCUUAUAUAGAUACCGAUGAUGAAUUAAAAAUAAAAUCCUCAAUAAAAUAUGCAAAAAUAAAUAAUAAGGAUUAUACACCUAUAAUAUUAAAUAAUAUUAAAGAUCUAUUUACUAUUGGUGACAUUAUAUCAAUCGAAAUAUAUAAUCAAUUAUAUGCAGAUCAAGACAUUAAUAAUGAUACAUUAAAUGGUUUACAUGCUGAAUUAGAUAAUUAUUAUAAAAUAUAUGUUCCAGGAAGUAAUAAUAAAUUAGUAUUAUCCCCUUUAAAUACUUCAAAAAUAUAUGGACUUAAUUAUAUUUCAAAACUUUAUAAUAUACAUGUAAACGAAAUAUUAUCAAUAGGAAAUGACACAAAUGAUAUAGAGUUGUUAGCAUCAACAGGAUAUUCAGUGGCACUUAAAAAUUCGACCUAUGGUGCUCUUAAAGUAGCUCGUUGCAUUUGUACACACUCAAACAAUCAGAAUGCUAUAGCUAAUAUAGUAUAUAAAACCAUUAAAGGGAAGCAAAUAUAA